AUGGCUUCUGCUAUAUUUAUUUCUUCCUCAUUAAAGCUAUCAUCUAAGCAGAAGUGCUGUGCAGGUGGUAUCUCCUCUCCAGCUACGGCUGUGCAAUCCGGAACUCCGGUGUUUGUUAAAGAGUUACGAUCCAGGCAUUUUAAGAAUGCUGAUGAUGUCAUCAUCCAUUUGCGUGGGCCGCAGCUUUCUUUACCGUACUUGAUUCAGAAUGGUUUUAACUACCCUAUAUUAGUAGAUUCUAAGGUUGGACUGGGUAUCCAAAUGCCAUGUGAUACAUUUACUGUGAGUGAUGUCAUGGAUUAUGUAGGGCCUAGUUUUCCUUUGGAUGUAAUUGACGUAGCAAGGCAAGAAAAUAUUCGUAUGCCAAUGUCAGAGUGGGUGGAAUAUUUUAACUGUCCAGUUCGCAGUAAAGUGUACAAUGUCAUUAGUUUGGAAUUUUCAAAAACAAGUUUGGCUGAAUUAGUGAAACCACCUACUAUAGUUCAAAAGUUGAGCUGGGUUGAAAACUAUUGGCCAAAGAAUUCUGAAACUCAUGGCCGUUUUUGUCCCCAAGUCAUGAAAUAUUGCCUUAUGAGUGCUCAAGAUAGCUACACUGACUUUCAUAUUGAUUUUGGUGGUACAUCUGUCUGGUAUCAUGUGCUGCGUGGAGAAAAAAUGUUUUUUCUAAUUCAGCCUACACCUGCUAAUCUGGCUCUUUAUGAACAUUGGAUGGCAUCUUCAAAUCAAAGUGAAACAUUUUUUGGCGAUCAAGUUGAUGUUUGUUAUCAACUGCUGUUGACGCAUGGCCAAACUCUCUUUAUUCCUACUGGCUGGAUUCAUGCUGUUCUUACACCUGUAGAUUCUCUUGUGUUUGGUGGGAAUUUUCUGCAAAGCUUAAACAUACCCCUGCAGCUUCACAUUCAUGAAAUGGAAAAAAGAAUUAAUACUCCAGAAAAGUAUAAAUUUCCAACAUUUGAAACUGUUCAUUGGUUUGCAGCACCUCACAUUCUAGAACAACUCAAAGAUAAUAACGUCAGCAAAAGAGAACUAAGUUAUUUAGUAACAGGUGCAAAGGCAUUAGUGUCAGUCUUAAAAAUCUGGAGUUCUGACAGCCAAAAUCAUAAGCAUGAUGAUGUACCUCCGGGGAUAAAUGUUACAAAGCUUAUAAAAGAUCUUCAGAGGGAAGUAAGAAUUGCUGAGAAAUAUGCAAGCACAAAAAAUCCUGCUAUUGCAUCAAGAAAACCCCCUUUACGGCAGAAGAGACAAAAAGAAAUUAUACCUAAACCUGCAAAAAAAUUCAUAAAACAAGUUCCAACCGAGUCUGAAAAGAACCUGGAUUUGGUCUCCAAGUUUUCUCUGAAGCCAAAAAUGCUGCAAGGGUCAGAUCCCUUUUAUGAAGGUUUUGAUUUUCAGUCUCAAAACUCUGAAAUGCAGCUACGCUUGCAAGAGUCAAAGAUGAUUUUUGAUCAAAUGAAUUUGGAUUUGAAGUCACCUGUUUUCCUUGACCAUUCAUUAAAAAGUGGUGCAAUAUUAAGCAGGUCAAAUGCAGUACCUUUUGGCAUCGCAAAUAUAUGUAAAGAAGAGAACAGCCCAGUGAAAAAAGAAUCAGUGUAUGAUUUUGUGGACUCAGAUGAUGACAACUUAGUUGUUGAUGAAAAUCCUUCCAACUGCAAGAAACAAAGGCCUCCAGAAUACAAGAAGCAUGCUGUAGCCCAUGACAUACCUAUGGAUCUGCCUCCUAAUGCACUAAAAUUACGUUUUUCUUUUAAUGGGAAACCUGUUGACAGCAACCUGCAUCAAAAUAGCAUGUUUAUACCUCCUCCACAAGAAGAUAGCAAUGCAGAAGUACCAAAAAAUGCUACAAUUGAUGAUCUUUUGGUUGCUACGGGUUUAGCCGUUGAUAAUGAAAGUAGUGUCAGCUUAGAUGAAGAUGAUCUUAAUGCUGGACCAACCCAAUUGGAACCUUCAACUAGGGAUGCUAUUCAGGGCAUGUUAUCAAUGAGUAAAGGAGCUAUUCGCUUUUCUAGUCAAGGAGAUCCAUCUGAAGUUCCUGCUACCCAAGUCCUACCUUCUAUAAAAACUGAAAACUGUACUUCAGAUAGUACUUUGCCCCACAUGGACAGCUCUCUCGCUAAUUUAUCUAUUUUAGCUAGAAAAUCUAGCCCUCCUGUUAGAAAUUCUAAAGUUACUCUGGGAAUCUCAAGGUACAGCAACAACAACAAUGAGGAUGUUGAUGAUUUUGAAGAACAAUUGAAACAGUGUCAUCAGGAUGGUGAUUACAUUUAUCUGGGUUUGGAUGCUUCUGAUGAUGAAUGUCAUGUGUUUAAACCCCGAGGAAGAAGCAGACGGGAUGAACCAUGGAAUCCCAAAGCCAAACUUGUUCCAAACUGUCCAAAACCAGAACGUCCAGUGCGUGAAGGCACAAGAAAAGAAGCCAUUGAAUGUGGAUUAGCAGCUGCUGCAGCAAAACUUGCAACCAUGCCUCCUCAGAAAAGGCCAUAUUUGAAGAAAAAACCUAUCACCAAAAAUAAAAUAUUGAUUGCAGAACAACAAGCUGGUCCAUCAAACAUCCCAUGGAAUAAUGGCACUAAUACGAAUAGUAAACAAAAUCUUCCUCGUGAACCUCCUAAACCAGUUAUAAAAAAGCCAAAGAAAGGAUUUGCCACAGCUAAGCAAAGGCUUGGAAAAAUUUUGAAAAUUCACAAGAUGUUGUAUUAAAAUGUAUAUAAUUUGCAUACAUCAAAAAUCAGCAAUGCCCAAUUUUUUUUUUUUUGCAUGAAUAACUUUCCUAGUAAUAUCCUAUUGUAAAUAGCAUUUCUUUUCCUCUAAUGCUAUGGACUUUGGUUCAUAAAUAUCUUCAGUCUAAAAUCUUGGUUUGUUUUGUGUGCUGGUAUUUUCCCAAUAUGGCACAGUGGUUAAAUUGUAAAUAUGUGAAGAAAAUUCCACCAUGUUUACUAGUCAAAAACUGUUGUCUUUAAUCAGUGUAGGAUCAUCAAAUCCUUUAUUGCAUAUCAUUUUUUCAUUUAGCUCUGUAACUACUAUGCAAUUUUUGGCGUAUUUUGUGAAUUAUCGGAAACGUAAACUGUUUUUGUCAGCAAUGCAUUAAAAGUAUAGAUACAGAAUUUUCCAAUUAUACUUUUCAUCUAUUUGUUUUAAAAUUUCUCUUUGUUUUUAUUUUAUGUGCUUUUAAAGUUCAAAUAUUUCAAACAAUUAUGCUAUUAGUUUAUUGUUUUAAAAGAUUGACUGAAGUUUUAUAUGCACACGUUUAUGUGUAUGCAACAUAUGUAAGAAGCAUAAAACUACAUUUCCUUGCAAUCACUUUUAAGACAGUUAAGUAGCAGAGUUCAGUAGUAAGCAGAGUUCAAACAUACUGACAUUUUAGAUAUAACUCAAAAACUUAGUUAAAUGGUACUUGAAAUUCAUAUAAUUGCAAGUAACCAGUUUACUUACUUUUUUCACUUUAUAGAAGAAUACCUCAAAAUCCCCAAGAUAACCCCUGCAGAGUGUCCCCUCCCCCCGGCACCCAAUUUGUUCUGUCCCAAUUUCAGAGCUUUUAGUUUCUCUCCCAGGGACAUAUCUUUCUUUAGUACCAAAAGAAAUGAAUUAAACAAUAAUUUUAAAAAAAAAUUGCAAAAUAUUGGUGCUAGAAAUUUUUUUAAUUGACUUUCUCUAGACGCCUUUUGAUGCGCUGGCGCCAAGUUUCUUCUUUUUUGGUUCAUAACAUUAGGGGGAAAGUGAUUUUGUCUUAAAAAGUUACAUUAGCAAGGAAAAUUUGAUGACAGUCAUGAAAUAAAACCUCGUGGUAUCGAAUAUUACAACUAACAAAAUUCAGCUUAUCCAAAAUAAAUGUCAUACAUUCUCCAAUCAGUUAGACAGGAAAAAAUAUUCACUUCUGAACGUCAAAGUUCAACUUACCAAAGUUUCACUGUAAUAGUGAUAUAAUUAUUUCCUCUUUGUGAUUAUUCCAAUAAACCUGUACUUAUUUGUUGCUAAACAGUCUCAGGAUUUUUCUUAAAUGAUCUCUUUUCUUAAUUUUUCUUCUUUCUCCUCUUAUUGGCUUAUAGUUUUGUGGAUAAACUUGUUCAGAUUUUUUUCCAUCUCUCCAAAAUACUAAGUUUUUCUCUUUGUCAUGAACUGUUUUAAAAUUUGAUUGAAACUUUUUUGAUUUUUCUCUCUGGUUGCAUUAUAUUUCUGCCCAGUUUGAAGAAUUCCUCUGUUUUCAAUAUUAUCCAAGCACUAAAAGUCCAUUUAUCAGCUCUGGAAUUAUUCUCCUUCUAUUUGUUGUCUGCAGAUACAAUUUCUGAAUGUUUUUAUAAACUGAUUUUGUUAAGCUCUUUCUGAACUAUUUUUGAUGAAAUUUGGUGAGGGUUUCCCCAUGAAGUUUUUAAAAUCUUAUUACACAUGUAAAAAUGAAAUUUUGUAUGCCUUCAAAUACUUUUUUUUCCAUGUGUGCAUUGUUAAGUGCUGGAAGUGCCUAUCUUUCAGAACAUGGCUCAAUUUUCUUAAAAUCAUCUUAGCAAUACCCGAAGCACCUCCCCUUGAUUUAUAAACAUGUUGGAAUUUUCCUUAUCAAAAGACUUUAUUUAUAUGUACAUUAGAAUGUAUUUUUGAAACAACAAAUAUGUGAUCUGUUUUGUUUCUUGUAGUCUAUUGUAAAAAAAGAAAAUUUUAUUUAUAAGUUUGUUGUUAAAAUUUUGUUUUAUGUAAUUAUCUUUCACAAUUUAGUGUUGAAGUAGUUUUCAUUUUUUAACCAUAUUUACUCACAUAUAAGUGGAAAAUUCC